ACCGUUGCCCGGGUAACGCGGCCUAGUCCCCAGUGGUGACAGUGUGUCCGCCGCCCAGCGCACGGAAUGUGGUGGCAGGGCUUCCGGUGUCUGCUACGGGCCGGAGGUGGCGGCGGCCCCGGGGAAUCUGCAGUCCGUGGGGUAGCGGUCAGCGCCGUCAGGGGCACGGUGAUCGUCGAACGUUUGUGGCAGGUUCCCCUCUCCAAGGAAGGCAAGCCAGCCAGGCUCCACCCUAGGAGACACCGACUGUACCGCCUGGUGGAGGACACGAAACACAAGCCCCAGGACAAGCUGGAACUGUUAUUGACGCAAGCUGUACCCAAGUUGGGAGAUCGAGGAGACACAGUCUGGGUGAAGAAGUCGAUUGGUCGGAACCGACUGCUACCCCAAGGCCUCGCUGUCUACCCCUCUCCAGAGAACCGGGCUGCCUUUGAGCAGGAACGUAAGGUGCUUCAAGAGGGGAAGCCAGAGGAGAGGAGGCAGACACAGAGUGGAGAGAGGACCCUGGAGUUCUUGAGGAAUUCUCGGCUGACAGUGAGGAUGAAGAACAACGUGAAGUGGGAGCUGAACAAGGAGAUUGUCUGCCGCCACUUCCUCAAGGAGCUGAACUUGUUUGUUCCGCCGGAGGCGCUGAGGAUUCCUGAUGAGCCCAUCACCCAGUGGGGCGAGCACUGGUGUGAGGUGACGGUGAACGGCAUCGACACUGUCCGCCUGCCCAUGUCAGUGGUGAACUUCGAACUUCCCAAGACCAGGAGGUACAAGGAGUGGCUGAGUCGGCAGCAGCGGAGAAAAGAGGAAUUAUCAGCAGAGGGGGACAAGGAGGAGGAAGAAGAGAGCUGACCAUGGCCUUGGUCUCAGGGGCACUGGCCCUUUUCUGAAGUGUUCAGGUGUUCAAUGGAGUUUGCCUGGAGUUUGGUGUUAGCUGUAACACAUCAGUGAGGGUCCUGCAUCCUCACAGAGCCAUAAACAUAAUAAAUAUUUCUUCUCGUGAA